GGCUCUCUGUCGGUUACUUUUAUUAUCGUCAAUGAAGCUUAAUGAAGGAUCAGCUACCACCCGCGCUCCUUGUUUUUUUUACAUAUCCUCUCUUCCUCUUCCCGGUCUCCCUCAGAUGUGCUGAGCCUCUGGCUUUGCUUUUCAUCCAUUCCUUCCUCGCUUUUUCUGAAUGUCUCCUCCUAAUAUCCCUCCGUCUCCCCGCUCACGACGUACUUUACACGACGAGUCCACAACACCAGCACCAGACGAACCACCUCCUUCACGCACACCCAGACCACCCCAUACCCCGCCAGAACACGACCCACGCCCACCAAAGAGACUGCGACGACAGACGUCGCACGCUGCAAUGACCACAGCCGAUCCCCCUUCCUCUGCACACUCAGACUCCUCUUCACAGAGCGGCUUGGCAGACAACGAGACAGAGGCAGAGCGCAGCCAGCAGUCAGAGUUGUCCGCACCCACCACAGCACCUCCUAAAAAGAAACGCACCCGUACUCUCACGACUCCCCACCAGUCUGCAGUCCUCCAUGCCCUCCUGGCCCAGUCUCGCUUUCCUACAACUGCCAUGCGCGAGGAAGUCGGACGUCAGAUUGGCCUGAGCGCCCGCAAAGUACAGAUCUGGUUCCAAAACCAACGUCAGAAAGCCAGACGUCCACGUAGCGAAGGCUCCGCUCCUUUGACGCGUCCUCCACAGUACGGUCCUUUCCCAAACAUGCCCACGUCCGCUCCUUCAGAAACCGCCUCAUUCCACCCUUCUUCCGAGCAGAGCUCUAGCUAUCCCAUUUCGGAACACCCAUUUGGCAUAGCAGGUCCCAGUCGCACCCGCGACUCCAGUGCUGAGCGAGCAAUCUACGAAGACACACAACGAAGAUCUUUCGACGCAGGCCCACAGCUUUCAGGUCCCGGCAUGCCGGGGUGGAACCCAGAAUAUCAUCCUGCUUCUCCUAUACGAGAACGAGGUCAGCCGCUUUCGGGGCAUCGCAGUCCGGACCACAUGAUUUCGCCUGAUUCAUACACGUCCUCUCGCGCGUCUGAGGGUUUUCAAAACAUACCUGCUCCCUUGGGCAUCCGUCCGUUGGCGCCCCGCCCUCUGCUUCGCCCCUUCGCCUCUGAUGAGACUCCGGGUGCACAUCCCAGAGCAUUACCUCCUCUCGACUUUAGUGCGCCACACCUCCGCAGCACCGCCAUGCCCUAUCCUUCGUCCUCUCCCCGAAGCCCUGCACCGCUACUUUCGCACCCAGCCGGAAACGUUACUCAAUAUCAAUCCCCACCUUCCCACCACGGGAGAGUUGCACCUUUCGUCAUUCCUCCUCCUUUCGCGUUGGAACCACAGCCUCAGUGGGACCCUCGGACUUUUUCCCCUUUCUCCCGACCUGGGUUUUCUCCCUGGUCCAUCGGGCCCCGAUCCUCCCUUUCUAUGAGCGGGAACUUCCAUGCUGCAGGGGGUCCGUCCGCAUCUGGGGGCAGACCGUAUCACAUGUCCUCAGGUCCACUACGGCCAGUAUCAUCGUCCCGGUCAGGUCGCUUUGACCCUGUCCACGACGUGACUUCCAUCGGCCAGGAAAGGGAUGAGUAUCCUCCUUCACCUGCCUCUACGGAUGAUAUUCCGGGGGAUUCAGACGACGCGUUCCAAGAUCGCGACGAUGCUCUGUAAAAAAACGUAUGCAUGACGCCCCUCGCGCCGCACACCCAACAUUUCGCGCCACGAUUCUAAAUCCACGCAUCAUUCACGAAAAACUACGAUGAAAGCCACUUUUUUCUUCUUUUCACCAAAUCUCCUUUCGCUCUUUUACUGCACUGCGUACACCCUAAUCGUUCAUUCCCUGCUGUCGCUUAUUGUUGUCUCAAUUUUCGCAUCCUAUCAAUUUCAGAAACAAUACGAACUUGCUAAUUACUACAAAACUCCGCAUACUAAUCCUAGUACAACUACUAUAAAAUGUUUCUUUUAUCAUGUACCUCAUUCAAGUGCGUUGUUCAACCAUCAAUAUCAUCCUUAUCUCCUACCUAUUUUAGCCUACACCCUUAUAAACUAAAUACCAGUCAACUGAUAUACCUUCGUACAUAUACACCAUCUCUUAUAUCUCAAUACGAAACACGAUGAUAAUGUUUUACCC